AUUAAAAUAUCAAUUAUUGAUUUUUAUUUUACGAAAAAUAAAUAUGCGUCGUUGCGUUGAUUAUUUGAGAGAAGGGGUUAGAAAGAGACAAAAAAAGAAAGAUAGAGAAUGUUGAAAUUCCACGAAAUGGCUAACGGUUUGCAAGUAUCGAUUUUUUUUUUGGGGGAGAGAAUCAGAGAGUGAGUGAGACAAAAAAAACAAAGACAGAAUGAUAAAAUUCCAUGAAAUGAAUGUCGCUAAAUGAUUGGCUGUCGUUCAAGCCGCCGCCAUAUUCGAUAAAAAAGAGCGCUAAACUGACGAUUGAUUCAAAUUCUAUUUUUCACAAACUUUUAGAAAAAUACAAUUUUGUUGUUUAUUGAUAAAAAUUAUAUUGCAAUAUUAACAUUUAUUAAUUAAAUUAAUUAAUUAUUUAAAUAUUAUAUUAUUAAUAUAAUUGAAUCAUAUAUAUUUUAAUUAUUUACGUUAAAAAUCUAUUUAUAUUUGUCAUGCCACGACUCUGAUGUGUGGUACCAGUACAUAUGUCUUUCAACUGCUGGUAAAACUCCUCGUAAUAAUCAUAAUGCUUAGGUGUACAUGUGUCGUUUUUGAUCGUUGUUUAUUUGCUAUUGUUGAUAUUUUUUUUAUUUAACAUUUAUCUAAUAAUUGUUAUAUUAAAUUGAUCGUAUAUCGAAAUUAAUGACGUUGAUAUUUAUCGUAUAUAUUUAUAAAUAAUUGAUGACAUUUAUUUGGUGUAUUUGAUGAUGACAAAUGUGUUAAUACGUAAUCCAUUCAAGUCGAGGAUAAACAUAACCCUAACUAGUUUAAAAAAUAUAUACAAAACUUUGUGUAUCAGGGAAAAUUCAUUAAAAUCAAAUUUUAAAAUGAAUGAAGCGUUUAUAAGAUAUGAUAAGGGUAGUGAAACAUUUGAUUUUACAUUUCGUUAUGUCAAUCCGGAGUUACAUGUUGAUAGACAAUUUAAUACUGUGAGAAAAGCAUCAGAAAGUGUCAAGAUAUUUUUAACAAGGCUUGAUACAAAUAUUGAAAAAAAAAUUGUUAAUAAAAAGAAGAAAAAACAGAAGAAAGAACCAGAAUAUAAAUUUGAAGAAAAUGUUGAUAAUGUUAGUGCUGAAAAAAUUAUACUUAUGAAAGGAGAUAAAAAAGUUGAAUUAAAUGAACCAUGUACAAGUAUUCUUGAUGAUCCAGUUGAUUUAAAAAUUCACAUAUUGGGAAAUGAUUAUAUUAUUAAAUUCAAUGCACCAUGUAUUCAAAGUAUGGAAUUGCCACAAUGUCUUCUUGCUGGUUUUCCAGCAUAUCCCAGAGUUUUUGAAUCAAUUUAUACUGAUAUCACUAAAUCCAAAUUUACUUGGUACAAAACAAAUUCAAAUGAUAAAAAAAUAACAUGGGAAGAAAUUGCACAUGGUUCAAUUUAUACACCAACAACAAAUGACAUUGGUUCAAUGCUCAAACUAAAAUGUACCCCAGUUAAUGAUAAACUUGAUGGUCCAGAAAUUGAAGUACAAUCAGAUAGUCUAGUUCAAGCUGGACCAGGACAUUGUCCUUUUGAAGACAGGCAUAAUUUUACUAAAGAUAAAUUAACUGGCAAAAAUUUUAGAAUUAUAUCGUACAACAUCUUGGCCAAUAUAUAUGCAGACUCUGAUUAUUCACGACAAGUUUUAUUUCCUUAUUGUCCACCUUAUGCAUUGAAUAUUGACUAUCGUAAGCUGUUGAUUGUCAAAGAGCUCAUAGGCUACAAUUCAGAUAUUAUUUGUCUUCAAGAGGUGGAUAAAAAGGUGUAUGAAAAUGACUUGAUACCAUCACUGUCUUCUUUAAAUUACAGUGGUGUAUUUAGUACAAAAGGUGAAAUGUCAGAGGGUCUUUCAGUUUUGUAUGACAACAGGAGAUUUGAAAUAAUUGAUAGCAAAUGUACUGUUAUGAGUGAAGAAAUUGAUAACAAUCAAACAUUUAAAAAUAUAUGGGAUAAAAUAACAAAUGAUAAUGCUAAAAAAAGAUUUACAGAUAGAAAUACAUCAGUAUUAAUUGUCACAUUAAGAUCAAUUGAUAAUCCAUCUGAAAUAUUAGUUAUUGGAAAUACUCAUUUGUAUUUUCAUCCAGAUGCUGAUCAUAUUAGAUUACUUCAAGCAUUUUAUGCAUUGACUUUACUUCAACAAACAGCUGAAAAUAUCAAAAAAAUUAAUCCAAAUGACAGUGUCAGUGUGAUGCUUUGUGGAGAUUUCAACAGCACUCCAGUUGAUGGUGUUUAUGAGCUUGUUACUAAAAAAAAUAUUCCAGUUGACCAUAAAGACUGGCAGAGCAAUAAAGAACAAAUUAUUGAAAAUACUUCUUUGAGUUUAAAUCUGAAACUGGCAAGUGCUUGUGGGACUCCUGAGUAUACUAAUUUUACAGUUGAAUUUGCUGAUUGUUUGGAUUAUAUUUUUUAUGAUACUGAUAAACUUCAAGUCACUCAAAUUAUACCAAUGCCGAAAAAAGAAGAGCUAUCCUUGCAUGGUGCAAUUCCAUCAGUUGUUUUUCCCAGCGAUCAUGUAGCAAUUGGUGCUAAUUUAAAAUGGUCAUGUUAAUAAAGAUUACAUUUAAAAGAAAAAUUUAUUUUGUUUUUUUCAUAGGCAGAAAUUUAUUGGUAUAUUAAGUACCUUAUUUUUUCUCUAUUUUUUUUGUUCUAUAUUAUCAAGCAUAAAAAAAAAUAAACGUUUAUUCAUUUUUUAAUAAUUCUCAGACUAAAUUUGACGUGAUAAUGAUUUCGUACAAAUGCUUCAUACAUUUUCCAUUUUACUGUUAAAAUUACUCAUUGCCAGUUCAGUAUUAAG